AUGUCCGAAGGGGCACCAACACUGUCCGCUCCACCGCGACUAACACGCCCAGGCCUCAUUAACAACGUGCUCUACGUAAUCAUCCUCUCCGCCGCCCUCGACCUCGUCGGCCCAAAUGUCCCCAAAGGCGUCGUGCUCCUCGCCGAUGUCAUUCCCUCGUUCCUCGCCAAAUUGUGCGCCCCGUACUUUAUCCACAAGAUCCCCUACAAUGUGCGCAUCGUCAUAUUCGUCGCUCUCUCCGUAUGCGGCAUGCUCAUCAUCGCCCUCACGCCUCCACUGCAGGACUCGGGGACCAUCGCCAUCAAGAUGUGCGGAGUGAUGCUUGCCAGUCUGAGCAGUGGAGCUGGCGAACUGAGCUUCCUUGGCCUGACACAUUACUACGGCCACUUUGCUCUGGCUUCCUGGGGCUCGGGCACGGGAGGCGCCGGCUUGAUUGGUGCUGGAGCCUACGCCAUUGCGACCAACACGCUCGGCAUCACCCCUCGUACAAGUCUACUCGUCUUUUCCUUCUUGCCGCAAAUCAUGGUGCUGAGCUUCUUCAUUAUCCUUCCACUCGGCCCGCUGCGCGCUGGCAUCCAGAAACAAGGCGACUAUGAAGCCAUCGAUGACCAUGGGGACGAUGAGGAAGAGGAAGUAGGCCCGGCGCAGGAACAAGACGACCUGUUGUCUUCCUCCAUGCACUCGGCUUCAGGGCGCAGUUUCCCCUCUAUCACUAACACCGGUGCUAAUAGUGCGCUGAGUAGCUUUCGCGCAAACCUCAACCGCGCGCGAGGCCUGUUCUUCCCAUAG